AUGAGUAAAAUUAGGGGCCUCCCACCUGAGGUCAGGGAACCAGGCCCUGGAGUGGAACUUGGGGUGGAAGAUGGCCUUCUUUGUAAACUGAUCCACUCUCCAGAAUUCAACUUGUUCUCUGACUCGGUGGUGUUUGAAAGCAACUUUCUCCAGGUCACUAAGCUUGGGAACUGGAUGGAUGUCCGUGAAGCGUCAACCAUUGUGAUCCUUGGGGUGACCUCCUCGGUGCCGUCCUUGCCACUCCCCAACGUCCUCCUCAUGGCCAAUGUCACCUGGCCCCAGGGUCCAUUUUCCACCUGGAGAAGACCUGGCUGUGCACCGGUCAUCACUCUCAGGAGGAUUCUUCCCCUGAAGUAUGUGGAGCUGAAAAUCUAUGACCGGCUCCAGCGCAUCCUGAGAGUUAGAACAGUGACUGAAAAGACCUACUACCUGAAGCUCCACGAAAAACACCCAGAGGCUGUGUUUCAAUUCUGGAUCCGCUUGGUGAAAAUUCUGCAGAAAGGUCUGUCCAUCACCACCAAAGACCCAAGAAUCCAGUUCAGUCACUGCCUGGUUCCCAAGAUAUCCAGCAACUCCACCGAAACGACACCUGCAAAUAGCCUCCCAUCGUCCUCCCAGCCCAGCGAAAACCGCAUGCUGUUAGCAGCUGAGCAGACCAGUGGCAGUCUCUUCGAUUUCUCAGGAAAGUCCCAGCUCACAGCAGACAGAAACACCGACACUGCCAUUGAAAUCUACGAUUCCAACAGCUACAACAAGACACCCUCCCCAGUGGCAUCUCCAGUCAACUUGACUAUACCCAUGAGGGCCACCUUGAGCCACAGCCUCUGGGAACAAGAGAAUCCAGAUGAGUGCUUCCUGCAGGCUCCCGCAGCCAGUUCCCUAGGAGAGAACUUGUUGGGACCCUGAC